AUAUCUUUGAUAAUACAAAAUGAUAAGUCAUUGAAAUAAUGAUUGAUAAAAAUAAUUAAUUCAGAAUCGACCUGUUAAAUAAACAUUUUAUUUAGAUUCUUUAGUUAUAGUACCAUGUCGACCGAAGGUAAACCUGAUCCAAUCAAAUAUUUUAUUUCUGGAGGUUUUGGUGGCAUCUGUACAGUAUUAACUGGCCAUCCACUGGAUACUCUUAAAGUAAGAUUACAAACCAUGCCAUCAGUACAACCAGGUCAAACACCAAUGUAUACUGGUGCAUGGGACUGUGCAGUUAAGACUGUGAAAAGGGAAGGUUUUCUUGGAUUGUAUAAAGGCAUGGGUGCUCCAAUUACAGGAGUGGCUCCAAUAUUUGCAAUCAGUUUUUUAGGCUUUGGACUUGGUAAAAAAAUAUUUGCUUCUAAUAGCGAAACAUUGACUCCACCACAGCUGUUUUGUGCUGGUUCAUUUUCUGGUAUAUUUACUGCAAUUAUAAUGGUUCCUGGAGAACGCAUAAAAUGUAUUUUACAGAUUCAAGAAAGUGGAAAUCAAAAAUAUAAGGGACCUAUCAGUGUAAUAAAGAAACUGUACUCUGAAGGAGGUGUUAAAAGUUUGUACAAGGGUACAUGUGCCACUUUACUUAGAGAUAUUCCAGCAUGUGGUGUAUAUUUUAUGACUUAUGAAUUAUUAGUAAAUUAUCAAAAAGAAAAAAGUGGGAAUAAUAUAAACAUGUUGAAUACUAUAUUUGCUGGUGGUAUGGCUGGAAUAUUGAACUGGUUAGUAGCUAUGCCACCUGAUGUCCUUAAAAGUCGUUUGCAAACAGCGCCAGAAAAUAUGUAUCCAAGAGGUGUAAGAGAUGUAUUCCUAAGAUUAUAUAGAGAAGAAGGACUGAGAGCUUUAUAUUCUGGAGUUACACCAGUCAUGCUUAGAGCAUUUCCAGCAAAUGCUGCUUGUUUCCUGGGUGUAGAAUUUGGACUGAAAACUCUAAAUAUUUUGUUUCCAACUAAGUCAGAAAAAACAGAAAAUCUUUAAAGCAUCUUUUUAUUAUUGAUUUUUUUAUAUUGAUGACCAUUAUGGAACAUUUAGUAAUUUAAGUAUUAUUUAUUAUUGUAAAUUCAAAU